AUUAGUCUUUCAAUGCUUUAUGCACAUAGUGUUUUUCAGAUUUUUUUUUUUUUUUUACACCACAACAGAAAUUAUAAGAAGAAAAAUUAUCUAUUAUUCUUUAUCAUGUUUAGUUAUCUUUUUAAAUGAAAGAAUCUUGCCUGUCAUUAUUAUUAUUAUUAUUAUCAUCAUCACCAACAAUGGUGAUUGUUUCUCAAUGUUUGUAUAUACUUACUUUUAUAAUCAAGGUUGUUUCAUUGUGUUUGUGUGUGUCAAGAUUAAAAUGAUGGUAAUGAUCUUACACAUAUCUCACUUGUAAUUUUAUAUAUGUGUGAACAAAACAAAACAAAAAAAGAUGUGUGGUAAAAGUAAACAACGCUUUGUGUAAUAGAAAAAAAAAGAAACUAAAAAUAAAAACAUUUGGCCAUUCAACUAUACAGCUAUAGCUGUAUUGUAUAUAUAUAUAUAUUGUACAUUAAUGUGUAUUGAUACAAAUUUUGGUAUCAAAAAAAAAGGAAACUGAUCGGAAACCAUAUAUAUUAUUGCAUAACCAAACGAUUCUUUUUAUUUUUAGUAUAUAUCAAUGUGGAAUACACUUGAAAAUCAUCAUUAAUAAUAAUAUUGAAUAAAAUUGAAAAAAAAACUUCAUUCAUGUACACAUUUAUUCGUAUAUAUAAACACUUAAAAAAACAUCAUGAAGAAUCGAAUCGAAUCGAAUUUAUGAUAAUGGCUGAUAUAUAUGGGCUAUGAUGGUAGUCAUCAUCAUCAUCAUCAUCAUCGGAUCAUCAUUGAUAAGAAUGAUGCCAUGAUGAUGAUGAUAGAAAUGACAGCGGUUUGCGCACGACCAUAAUCGACGGCCACCAAUGCCAAACAUAAACUCUAUUUCCGAAUACCACCACCACCACCAAUACCAACACCAUUUUUGCUAUCAAAUUAUGGUUCAAAAUCAGAAUAUUGGUUGCGCGCACCGACAAUCAACUAACCAACAUAACGUUUUGGAAUGAAUACUAUGAUUUCAUUUUGUCGUCAGUUUUUCGACAUGAAAGACGUCCUAAAAAAAAUUCAACAUUUGCCUCUUUUUCUUAUUCACGGUUUUUUUUUAUUCUGGUAGUGAAUCCUGACACACACACACACACACACACAUGUACCAUACAUGAUCUCAAACUGAGUAUUUUUAAACAAUGUUUGAUACAUAAUUUGAACUAAAAUAAGUUUUAUUCUAGGCGCCAAUCUUCAUUCAUAUUCUCCAAAUAACAAAACAUUUUCUUUGUGGUAUUUUUUUUAUUCAAUAACGUAAAAUGUCAGCCAAUCGAUCGAAAUUAAUCGAUGGACAAUAAUUUUCAAAAUGACAUACGAAAUGCAAUAUUAUGAUAAUGAUUAUUAUUCAAACAAAUGUUUUUAUGCGUGCUUAUUGUAUGUUUGCCUGCUAUUCUGUCACAUGAGUCGAUAUUCUGUGAAACUGGUUUAUUUUUUUUUAAUAAGUUGUUUUGAUUUUUUUUUCUUCGUCAUUAUUACCAUGAAAAAAAUGGUUCUAUCAUCAUCGAAUCAAUAUAGAAAAGUUCCUGAAACAAGAUAAUGAAAACAAAAUAUCGAUUUGACACAAGCAAAAAAAAAAUCUAAAAUUUUUUUUUCAUCCAUUAUUGAAAUUUUGUAAGCCUUUUGGGUUGUGAAUAUCAUGUUCGAUCCAGUGAUUAUUGUUGAAUGGGUAUUGCAAAUAAUUUAUUGAUCAACUCAAUUUAUUUCAUUGAAUUGAAUAUCAAAUGUAAAUAAUAGAAAUUUGUAAAAUGAACAAUAUUCAUAUAUUUUUUUUCCGUGAAAAAUGUCCAACAUACAAAAAUCAGCAUUAUUAUCAGAAAAAAUUUUGUUUAAUUUCAAAUCAUCAUAAUAAAGUAUUAUAAGAAUAGAAAGUCAUACACGAAUAAUUGUGGAAUAUAGAAAAAGAAGCUCAAUAUAUGUGUGGAUAUCGAUAUCGAGUUACAAGCCAUGUCGCUAUCGUCCAAUUUUGACAUUUUGGCUCAAAAUUUAUUGAUAAAUUUUUUACGAAAUGCUAGCAUUCUGAAUAAUGAGCAACAAAAUAAUUCGUCCUCAAAAACGUCAACACUGGCCACAAUUUUUGUUGAUAAUAGUAAUAAUAAUAAUAAUAAUCAUCAUCAUCAUUUUGAAAAUAAUGAUCGCCUAUUUGUUGAAACAAUGCCAACAGCCGCAUAUUUUCGUGAAACGUUGCAACAACAACAACAACAACAUCAACAAUAUCAAUCAUUAUCAAAUUCAACGACGAAAUUUUUGUCUAAUUUUUUCGCUCAAAUGUCCGAUAGUGGAUAUGAUUAUAAUGUUGCCGAAAAUGAUAGAUUAUCAGAUUUUUUCCAAACUAGUGAUACAUCUAACAACACUAACAAUAUAUUUGAUAAUAUAGAUAAUGAUGUUGGCGAUAGCCAUAUUGUUGAUGGUGAUUCAACAACACUUGUUGACAAAUUAUAUCUGGGCCAUUUUAUAAUUGCCAUCAUUUUGGCUUUAGUCAUUUUAGCCACUGUGAUAGGAAAUCUAUUGGUGAUAGCGGCUAUUCUAUGUGAACGACAUUUACGUUCAGUUGGCAAUUAUCUGGUAUUUUCAUUAGCAUUUGCUGAUCUGAUGGUUGCUUGUUUAGUAAUGCCAUUUGGUGCCAUCAUUGUUGUCACCGGUAAAUGGACACUUGGUGCAAAUCUAUGCGAUUUAUGGACAGUUGCCGAUGUACUUUGUUGUACAGCUUCUAUUCUACAUUUACUUGCCAUUGCAUUGGAUCGUUAUUGGGCUGUUACCAAUGUCGAUUAUAUUCAUCAACGUCGUAAUGGUCGUCGUAUUGGUGUAAUGAUAUUUUUAAUUUGGUUUGUCUCAUUAAUCAUAUCAGUUGCACCGAUACUUGGUUGGCGUGAUCAAGAAUUUCAUCACCGUAUCAAGCACAAACAGUGCCUUAUAUCGCAAGAUGUUACCUAUCAAAUAUUUGCAACAUGCGCCAGUUUUUAUCUACCAUUAUUGUUCAUUCUAUUAUUAUAUUGGAGAAUAUUCAAGGUUGCCCGAAAAAGAAUUCGUCACAAACCUGGUAAUAAAGUUUCAUUGAUUGCAAUGAAAACAACAGCAGCAACAAAAUCUGGACAAACAUCCGAUAUUACUAAUGUACCAUUGGAUACAGUUAAUAAUGAUAAUAAUUAUCCAUCACCAUCAAGUGCCAAAGGAUUGAAAACACGAUUUAAUUUACGAAAAAAAUUAGCAAAAUAUAGUGCAGCCGAAUAUUUACAGGAACAUAACCAUCCAACUUCUGAUAUUGUUUCACAUAAUGUUGAACUAUGUAUUGAUGAAUCGAUUGAUAGCCAUGAAUCAAAUAAUUGUGCCAAUACAUCAACAACUGUUCAACAUCGAAAAAAUUCACAACCUAAACUACCUCCGUCCAUUAAAUAUCCAAACACUAAUCAAGAUGUCAAUGAUAACAGUAAUAGAUCAUCAUCAUCAACACCUACUGAAGAGAAUUUUAAUCAUAAUAAAAAGUUAUCAAUUGAUGCAUCUACAGCCAAAACAACAACAACAACACAUCUAACAAUGACCAGCUAUGAAUCAUCAACGGAUCCUGAUGUAUCCAUAAGUCCAUCUCAUCAUCAUCAUCAUUAUUUUAGUGAUGGAAAUAUGAUAAACAAAAAAGAUCAUCCAAUCAUACAAAAUCCUGAUUGCUCAAUUAUAGCUGAAGAAAGUUCAAGUUCAACAAAUUCUGCUACACAGCCAUUAUUACAUAUGCUUAAAUAUACGAACAAUAAAAAUCAUGAUGAUCUUGUUGUUGUUCGUGAUGAUGAUAAUAAUAAUGAUGAUGAUCGACGUCCACUAACAUCAUCAUACAAUAAUUCACAACAAAUAAUAACAGAAACGAUGAUCAAUAAAACUUCGAAAUCUGUGUUGAAUGUGUAUAAAAAUAAUAAUGAUACAAUGAUGAUGAUGAGGUUGUUGAAACACAAUGACGAUGCUAAUCAUUGUCAGAAUCAACGGACAAAUAUUCCGAAGAAUUUAUCCAUAUCAUCAUCAAAUGGGGAUCAUGAUAAUAGUCAUGAUGAUGUUAAGAUUGAAAGCAAUCAAAUUAUUAUAAAUAAUAAUGACAUUAGAAUAGCCGACCAAAUAAUGGUCAUGAAUGAUUCUGGACAUGACAAUAAUAUUAAAUUUACAAAUAAUAAAUCGAACAACCAUAAGUGUGCCAAUAUUGAUCGUGAAAAAUCCAAUAAAUUGAUAUCACCCUAUUAUGAUGAUGAUGAUGAUGACAAAUACGAUAAGAAUGAUGAUGAUUCGCUUGUGGUCGAUUUUGAUCUAGAAAAAAGCAAACGGCGGCGACAAAAAGAACAAAAAAUUAACGAUUGUUCUGUGGGCUCAACUACUAUUUUGGAUGGAACUAAAGCCGAUAAUAAUAGUGAUGGUGAUGAUAGUAUUUGUAAUAAGAUCAGUAACAAAAAUAAUGAUGUAGCCGUUGAUGAUAAUGAUUCCGAUGCUAAUGCUGUCGUCGUUGUAGACAUAAAUAAUAUUCAACAAAUAGAAUUGAACACCAACAACAAUGUUAUCAAAAUUUUAGAUACUCAUAAUUCUAAUGUAAAUGAUCGUCAUCAUGAAAAUUUUCAUAAUGUUAUUGUUAUUAACAGAAAUGUUUCAAGUGAUAAUGAUGAUUAUAAUAGUAAUAAAAAUGAUGAUAAUGAUGAUGGUGAUAAUUUGUAUGUUCAAGUAAACAAGUGCCAACAACAACAACAACAACCAGAACAAAAUAGUUCAUAUAGAGAAAUAGAUUCCGGUUUGCAAGAUUUAUCAUCAAUCGAUCAAUUUCAACAACGACAAUUGAAUAAUACUUUAAUCGUCAAUAAUGAUAAUGAUAAUAAUGAUGAAAAAACUAUUAUUAUUAAUGAUAAUUUAGCAAAUAAUAAUAACCCUAUCAAUGAUUUUCGUAUUGAUGACCAUGUAAUAGCCAUUCAUCGUAGAACUAAUGAUGAUAUUGAUGAUGGUAAUGAAAAUUUUUCAGUUUCCAAUCAAACUGUGCCAAGUAAUAAUUCACCAACAACGACAAAACCAUCUACACAAAGUGAAGUGACAAUGUCUAGUAAUCAUCAUCACCAUUCACAACAACAACAACAACAACAAUUAUUACAGAAUUUAAUAUCAAAUUUCACAAAAAUGCCAUCAUCAAUAUCAACAACAUUGAAUCAACUAAAUUAUAAUCAUGAUCAUCAUCAUCAUUGUCAUCAUGAAAAUCAUAAAAAUCAUCAACAACAACAACAAUAUCAACAGACAAAUAAAUCACAUCAAAAAGAAUCCGUUGAAUCUAAACGUGAACGUAAAGCAGCUAAAACAUUAGCGAUCAUUACUGGAGUAUUCGUGAUUUGUUGGCUACCAUUUUUUAUCAAUGCAUUAUUGUCACCAUUAUCGCGUGCAUAUCAAGAAUUUGUACCGAAUUUUGUCACCGAUUUUUUUCUAUGGCUUGGCUAUAUAAACAGUUGCGUUAAUCCCAUUAUUUAUACGAUAUUUAGCCCGGAUUUUCGUACAGCAUUUAAACGAAUGUUAUUGGGUAAAAAACGUACUAAUAAAGCUGGUUGGUCUGCAAAAGCGGCUAGAGUUUAAUAUUAAUAUAUGAAAAAAAAAACACACCUAUUCAUGAUGACAACCAAAAUUAACUUUGUAUAUCCAAAAUUCAACAUCAUCAUCGUCGUUAAACAAACCAAAAAAAAUGA